GAGAGAAGCAAAAACUCUCGCUUUUCGCAAUCAGUCAAAAUUAUUCAUUCCGUCACUCUCUUUAGUUUUUCCCCUAAAAUCUAAUCAAAGCAGGAACCAAAGUUUUUAAAACAAACAAAAGUGUUUUUUUCCUCGGAAUUCCCUCACUCACUGCUCGCUCCGAAAUGGCCACCCAGAAUGGCGGUGCCAGUUGGUGAGGUAGGUUCGCGGUGCAGCCGGGAGUGAUUGCGUGGCGUAAAAAACGAUCCCUCCAGGAACGACCACGAUGAGUCCCCAGCAUAACAUUAUGCUCGACGUGGAGCAAAACAUCCGUGCCAAGGUCGGCUGGAAGGUUCUGCCCCUGGAGUUGAAGAAGGCACUCAAUGAAAAUGAAAAACGAUAUGAGAAGAUGAUUCUGGAGUACAGCUUAAAGAAUCAGCUGCGCUACCGAGGCAAUCUGGUGCACACAAUUUUUGGCCACGAAAAGCAGUACUACGAGCGGCUGAUUGAAGAGAAUAUCCGCGCCCUGCACCUGUUUCCGUACCAUCUGGCCGACAUCGUGACCAAGGGCUUGCGGUUGACGCCGUUCAACUACUACGCUGACAUGCUCGCAUUCCUGCUGAACCACGACAAAAACUACGACUCGCUGCCCAACUUUACCGCCGCGGACUGCCUCCGGGUGGUCGGCAUCGGUCGCAACGAGUACCUGUCCAUUUCGAGCGACCUAAAGACGAGCUCACCGAAGCUGUUCUUCAAACCGAACCCGUACUACCUGCUGCCCAAGUUCCCGCGCCGGAUCAUCAUCGAGCACUGGUGGAAGGUUGAGGUGGGGUACGUGCUGGAAUCGGACGUGCAGACGUUGUCCUCGGAGGAGUUGGCCGUUUUGGAUCGGUUGAUUGACUAUGGUGCUCAAACGGCUGGAUCUUUGGACUAUGAAGUGGUGCAUCGGUUGUAUAGGAGAGGGUUGAUCUACUUGGACGUUCCAAUCAGCGGUGAGGACAAGAUUAGCAUUCCGCCGUUGCAGAACUUUGUGAUGAACCGGGUUAGCGGGGAUCACUUUGAGAGUUUGCUGUACAACGUGUUCGUUACGGCGGACGAGCAGUCGACGAUCGCGGAUUUGGCGCAGAUCUUGCAGGUUCCGCUGGAUACGGUGAAGCAGGCAACGUCGCUGUUUUGUCGGUUGAACUUUGCCCGGCGUAAGCAGAGCUGCGUGGUUAAUGCUGGGGAACCGCACGAGAGUUGGCGUAACGCGAGACGGGAGCAGCAGAACCAGCCGGGUCGUACCAUCUUCAACUAUCACUCGCUGCUGCUUAGUCAGGAUUCCGUUGAGAGCGAUUUGAGUGAGUUUGGUCGAGGGGGGGAGGAUAGUCCAAGUCCGGCGGAGGAUAGUCCGGGGGAUUUCAGUACAAUGUCGGACGCUGUGAGGGAGGAGAGCGUUCCGCGAUCACCGGACGCGAAGCGGGUUGGAUUCGUGUUCGAUUCUACGCUGACGGCGUUCCUGAUGAUGGGGAAUUUGUCGCCUGGUUUGAAGACCCACGCCGUUACGCUGUUCGAGGUUGGCAAGCUUUGUGACGAAGGCAUGAACGACUUUUUGCGGGAGCUGGAGAAGGUUUCGAUUCUGGACGCUGAUGGAGAGGGGGAAGUUAGUCGGUACUUUCAUCAUGCCAUAAUCCUGCGAUCGACAAUCGUCGCGUUGAAGAACGUGUUGAACACAGAGCUGGACCUGCUCCGGCUGGAGAGUUUGGAAGCACUGGACUUUAAGACCCGCAACCGACUCCUGGAGAAGAAGUACAAAUUCCUGAUUGCGGCGGCGCCCCUCUCCGGUGUCCUGUCGGUGCCAUUCACCAUUCCGUUCUUCGGUCAGUUCUACCGUACGUCCACCAACUCGCACAUCUGGUCCAAGCUGUUCUACUACCACAUGGGCGCUUACGGUCCGCCCAGCUUGCUCCUCACCAAGGGAACCGUCCUGACGCAUCUGCCGCGGCUGUUCCUCGGCUACGGCAAGCUGCUCAUCACCAUCGUCCACACGGAAUCGUUCGUGCUAAACUCGGAGAAGUUUGCGUCGCUCAACGAGCACUUGAAGAACGGGUGCGUCCUGAUCCAGGGCUACGGCAUCAAACAGCCGGCCGAAACGCACUACGAGGUGUUUCCCUUUUCCGAGGGAGCCUCAAACAGCUGGAGUCGACACGCGGCCGUCCGGAAGCUGGCCAAGGUGCUGGAUCUGGAGCGGAGCUUUGGCUAUCUCACGUUCAUCCGGACGGGCGUUCCGGACUACGGAUGCGAAUCCUACAACGAAAAUGUCCAGCUGACGCGAGACAAGGGCAAACCUGCCAAGGAGAAGGUCGCCGCGCAAAAGGAACAUCCGAAGCCGACCCGUUCGGACACGAUCAGCUCGAUCGCGUCCAUCGAGAGCGAUGACGCGAGUCUGAUCGAGGACAUCCGGCGGAUACGGGUUGAGGAUGAGGCGGACAAUGCGCCAGAUGUUCCGGACGUUUCGGCCAUCAACGAAGAACUGGUGCAGCAGCUGGCCGACGCUAGCCGGAAUGCGGACUCCGAUUCGGAUUCGCGGGAACGGGCCGCCGGAAAUCGGAAGGAGGAAUGGACACUGCUGGAUGUCCACUUUGGAAUUCCGCUGUUUGACGUCGAUUGCAAUACCAGCAUUUGCCAAAAUAUCAUCCGGAAGCUGUGUUCGGAGGAGAACAUUGCCACCAUUCAAGAGGUCAACUCCCAGAUGGAGGCGCGUUACUUGAAGUUCAUAUCUCAAUGUUUGUACUUUGAGGACGAAAGUAUGGAGCUGGUGAAGCCGGGCAAGCUGGUGCCCAAGCCGCGCAUCUGUCUGGCGUUCGAGAGUGGCAAAAUCAGCAGUUGGAAUGGAAAGUAAAGCUCCACGACAAGCCAAAUCGUAAAGUCUAGUGAACCCAAAUUUUCCACGCACUUGUUACCAACCUUUAUAAUUUAACAUUCCUGCUUUGCCGCCUUCGUUUUUGCGCGCAGAAGCAGAAGAGUCUCCAUUUAUUUAUUUUUAAACAUUUCUUUUUGUAUUCCAACGCAUUUUACGAAUACAUUCCAGCGAUCGUGAAGAUUCU